AUGCCUUGGGGUAAGGAUAGUAGAAAUUGCUGGAACGAGAGCCCUACCGAGCUUUUUAAACACCCUGUCUCAAAGACUGAUAUUGAUACCGAAAGUGUCCCUACUGGAAUCAGCGUGAACAAUAAGAAGCGCAUCGCCAUGGUCGGUACCUCGGAUGACGAUCUACCGUCCUCGAGCAGCCGCGACCUUGUCCUCCGACAUCCUACCCUGGAGGAGUGUGUCGCCAUUUGGAAGAACAGUUCUGUUGCAUGGGUCGAAUCGCUCACGCCCUCUCUGUAUCUGGAAGAGUCGUUGUACCUUACUACGGUUCCCGUGGCCCGUGAUGGAGGACUGACCAUCUGGAUACUUGUCCACAAGGACCAAGCUCCUGGCGAGCGUCACAUCCUAUGUUCUUGCGAAAGCUUCUACAAGCGUUCCCUCACCAGUGACAGCAACGGUGUAGUCAGCGAUAAUAUGGUCCACACGAUCGCUAGUGUAUUUUGCGCCCCACCAUAUCGUCGUCGGGGUUAUGCAUCGCGCAUGAUGAGUGAAAUGGCCAAGGUGCUAUACAAAUGGCAAAAGGAGACUCUACCAUGCAUGGGUACUACCCUAUACUCUGACAUUGGAAAAGAGUAUUACGCCCAACUAGGGUGGCACCCGAACGCGACGAAUCUUCAUGUUGAGAUUCAACCAGAAGCUAUCUCAUGGCCGUCAAUCGCUAAGCCAGUCACCGAAGAAGACCUCGAAGGCUUGUGUAGGCGCGACGAAGUCAUCGUUCGAUCUCGCAUGGCUGUACCUACAGAAGAGAUCAAGACGCGGUUCACAAUCAUCCCAGAUUUGGAUAAUAUGUACUGGCAUUUCGCAAAGGAGACCUUUGCCUGUAACCAUCUCUUUGGAAAGUUACCAACGGUAAAAGGCGCCAUAGUCGGUUCACCAGGCAAUCAGAUGUGGGCACUUUGGGCACACCGGUACUAUGGCCGUCACGACGUCGAACCCAAAAACAAUGUAUUAUACAUACUGCGCUUAGUCUUGGAGAUCGACGAGACUGCCACGAGGCUUCCUUCAGAUGCUGCAAAACGACCCGCUCAAGAGGUGUACGAGGAACAAGUCGAGUCUCUAAAAGCUAUACUACAAGCUGCGCAGGCCGAAGCUAGUGAAUGGAAGCUGGAUGUCGUCAGAUUGUGGGACCCAUCGCCCUUAGUAUCGGAGUUAAUGGACCGAACUGGAAUCCAGCACACUAUCGUGGAACGUGGAGAAGAGAGCAUUGCUAGUCUGUUGUGGUAUGACACUGAUGGCAGUAUCGCCAAAGAUACGCCCUUGUGGGUUAAUAACGAGCAUUAUUCAUGGCAGUAG